AAAUGAAAAGAAAAAGGAAAUGUACCCUACGGUUCCUCGCACUUCUGUUCACACCCCACCCCACCUUCGCCACAGCGCACACCGCCGCUAACCCACAGGGAAUUUUCUUUCUUCUCCCUCGAUCUCCAGCGGCAGCUACACCAACUUUUCAUUUUGCUGCACACUGUCACCAACCUCACUGCCACGCCCACCUUUUAUUUCUAAGGGUUAGUGAGCUCGUUCUUUUGCUAAUGGCGUCCAAACUUCUUAUUCGUACGGGAAGUUCUUUGAUGAAUCGAUUGCGAUUAAGCUCAGCGCAUCAGAAUAACAGGAUUUGGGGUAGCCAAGCUCUGUCCCAUGGCCAUGGCGUUGAAGUUACUCCGAUGCUUUUUCCUUCAGUUUCUAAGCACCAGACUGCUCAUCCUUUGCAGCAGAAUGACACCGAAUCGUUGAGGCAGCUCCAAUCGGAAGGCAUUUUCUUUCCUUUUGGGCUUCCUUCGCUCCGGUUCUUUUUGCCUGACGGAGAUGCUUCUUCAACACAAGAACCGAUGCUCUUAUUUCCUAAAAGGACAUUUCAACCUAGCACCAUCAGGCGAAAAAGGAAUCAUGGUUUUUUUGCUCGCAAAGCAACCAAGGGAGGACGGAAAGUUAUUGCUCGAAGGAUUGCAAAGGGGCGCUCAAGAAUAACUGCAUAAUGUUCAUCUCAAGUCAGGUGCAAUUGAAUCGCCCUACCAAUAUCUUAUUGUGUUAGUUUUUUUAAAUUUAAAAUUAACUCAAUAGAAUGGUAUCGCUGGCUGAAUAACCCCUUUUGUCUUUCUUCUUAGGCCUCGGAAUACAGUCUGUAUAAACUUCUCUGUUUUUAGAAUUACCAUGCAUUAAACACCUUCCAUAUUGAAGUUUAAGUUACUCUUAAUUUUUAUUUCUUUCUUAACUUAGCUAGAGAAUUGUUUACUUUUGGUUCAUGGUGAGUGUUGAUACUGGCUCCUGAGCAAAUAAACAAACUCAAGUCCGAAAGUUGGGAAAAGGAAGAGGAUGUGAUUUUU